GGCCGACCGGAAACACGUCAAGCCUGUCGGUUUAAAUGCACUUCUUGUCGUUUCCCAAUCGCCUCGUAUCGUUCUUUGAAAUAAUCUCCGUCAAACUCAAAAGAGGGGAGACAUUUUUUACCACCGUCCUGCCAGGAGAGAGGCCAAUCUCACCGACUAGCGCCUCAGUGUGUGUGUCAUGGCGGAGGACAGGCGGCUUUAGGCAGAGCAGACCAGCAGCUCUGGAAAGCAUCAGAAAUAGAAGAUGGGCAUCAUGAGGUGACGACUGUGCCGUCUUUUAUUUCCUACUUGGACAUAUGGCAAGGAUCAGUCUGUCCUGCCUGCCGGCCUCCUGGUACUGCAGCGUGUCCCUGCUGUCUUUGGGCUGCGCUCCCAGGCAGAGGCUGCUCCUGCUGCUGCUGCUCACCUGCUCCUCCCUCCUGCUGCUGGGCAUCUACCAGAACCAUCUGUGGGGCCCCCAGCACCGCUCGGGGGCCCGAGUCAACAAAUACCUCUCCAUUGCAGAGUCCAUGGAGGCCACCGACGUCCUCAACCCCUCUCUGAACUACGGCAUCGUGGUCGACUGUGGCAGCAGUGGCUCGCGGGUGUUCGUGUACUACUGGCCUCCCCACAACGGGAACCCGCACACCCUGCUGGACAUCAGGCAGAUGAGGGAUCGCGACCACAAACCCGUGGUCAAGAAGAUCAAGCCUGGUAUCUCCACCCUGGCGCAGACACCAGCGCGGGCCAGCGACUACCUCCAGCCUCUCCUCAGCUUCGCGGCAGCUCACGUUCCCAGGGCCAAGCACAAGGAGACGCCGCUCUACAUCCUCUGCACGGCCGGCAUGAGGCUGCUGCCGGACAGCCAGCAGGCGGCCAUCUUGGAGGACCUGGUCACCGACGUUCCCCUGGAGUUUGACUUCCUGUUUUCUCGUUCGCACGCCGAGGUCAUCUCCGGCAAACAGGAAGGAGUGUAUGCAUGGAUUGGCAUUAACUUUGUGCUGGGCCGCUUUGACCACGCUGACGAGGAGGACGCCACGGUCGAGGUGACGACAGGAUCGCAGAACCAGCAGCCAAUCAGCAGGCGGCGCACGGUGGGCAUCAUGGAUAUGGGCGGAGCUUCGUUGCAGAUCGCCUACGAAGUGCCCAGCGCCGUCACCUUCAGCUCGCCCCAGGAGGAGGAGGCAGCCAAGAGCCUGCUGGCAGAGUUUAACCUCGGCUGCGAUGUGGAACACACACAACAUGUGUACCGAGUCUACGUCACCACCUUCCUGGGCUUUGGAGGAAACAUGGCCCGACAGCGCUACGAAGACCAGCUGGUCAACAGCACCCUGGCUAAGAACAGGUUGCUAAGUGCCCAGACGGGCCUGAGCGAGGACAAGCCUUACCUGGACCCCUGCCUGCCCGUGGGCCUGUCGGACACGGUGGUUCGGGACGACCAUAUGUUGUACCUGAGGGGUCAGGGCGACUGGGCGCGGUGCCAGGAGGCGGUGCGCCCUUUCCUGGGCCUGCACAACGGCACCAUGUCACCCAGGGGCGUCUACCAGGCUCCCAUCGACUUCAGCAACAGCGAGUUCUACGGCUUCUCCGAGUUUUACUACUGCAUGGAGGACGUGCUGAGGAUGGGAGGACAGUACGACAGCGAGAAGUACUCCCGCGCCGCCACGGACUACUGCACCACCAAAUGGUCGACACUGAAACAGCGCCUGGACAGCAAGCUGUUCUCCACCCAGGCCGACCUCAGCCGACUCAAGUACCAGUGCUUCAAGUCGGCCUGGAUGUACGAGGUGCUGCACUCGGGCUUCCGUUUCCCCACGGACUACCCGAGUCUGAAAACAGCCCAGCUGGUUUAUGACAAGGAGGUCCAGUGGACUCUGGGCGCCAUCCUGUUCAAGACCCGCUUCCUGCCUCUCAGGGACCUGCAGCAGGAAGCUUUCCGUCAGAGCCAUCCCAGCUGGCUGCGCUCCUCCUUCGUCUACAACCAUCACCUCUUUUCUCUCUGCAUCCUGGUGGUGCUGCUGGCCAUCCUGCUCUACAUCUUGCGCCUUCGGAGGAUCCACCAGCGAGAGCAGCGGCAGGCGGAGGCCCUGGACCUCCUGUGGGCCGAGGAGGGGGAGGCCCUCAUCCCCUGAGAGCCUCGGCCUCGGCCUCGCGCGCCGAGCAUCUCUAGAGUCGAGGUUCCCACCCGAUCGCCCCCGGGAUCUUUCUCGCUGUCAGUUCUCAAGUUCUCCCUGAUGUUUUCAAUGCAGCGUCUCACACCCUAAGUGCGGUUCUGAAUCAAAAGAACGGGAGGACGAAGAAAGUCCUGGAAGCUUCUGUGCCAGCUGAGGAUGCGUCAAACAAAACGGGAAGCCCCCCAAAAGAACCGUUGCUUGGGAAAAAAAAAAAAAAAAACCCUCGUCUGAUCCAAACGGCGCCGUGUUCUUUAGCACAGAGACGGUUAAAUGAGCUUGGAAGACGAACACAAGCGUUUCCUCGCUGAUCCUGCAAUGUGAAGCGCGGCCCCUCUCAAACUGUAGCGAUGCCUUCGCUUCCUGGAGAAGUUCCUUUUCUGCCGAGACAAACGUGGGAAGAACGAUCUCCACCAAGACACAUGGAUCGAUUUGGCAUUCUGGGAUCAUCUCCAGUGCUAUGCAUCACUCUCAUCCACCCACCACCCAUUUCAUCCAAAGCCAGAUUUCUGUGUUGGACCUCACUGAAUUUUAACAGCAGAUAGGACGUUCCACUCGGAUUUUUUUUUUUUUUUUUUUUGGAUUGGUAAACGCCUUCAUGUCUUUAUGGCUCAGCGAGAUCAACCAAGCCAGGCUGAUCUCGCGUUGGGCUCGCUCAAGACUUUCGCAGAGCACAGAGCGUCCGCUUCGCCGCAAAUCAUUCAAGGAAACUUCCGGAGCGAGCAGACACAGAUGCAGGCGUGCCGCCGUCGGCAUCCGUGUUUUCCUCUGGCCGAUCGGAAAAAAUGAUUCAGAUUAACAGCCUAAUUACCGGCCUAAGCUACUUUGGCUGUCAGUACAGCCCUCCAUGCGGGAUAAAGGUCAUUCCAAUGCUAAUUCAAAUCUUCAUCUCUCAAAAGCUACUUAACAAUAGAUGAGCGCAAAAAAAAAAAAAAAAAAAAAAAGUAUUGCCUCAAGUUUAUCACAAUGAUCUAGUCUAGUAAAAUGUGAUGGCCAAGGAUAUGCUAAGUAUAACUGUUUGUUUUAAUUUUGUCUCAUUUUGCAAUAAAACUGGGACAAUGUCAGAUUUUAUCACAGAUAGUCACUAAAACCAAAAAAAAAAAAAAAAAACUCAUGAAAAGUUGAUUGUAAUGAAUCGAGUUUUUAACAGAUUUUGGUGACUAUCAGGAUAAUGUUUUCAAUUGCAAUGAUUUUGGCCAGGAUAAUCGAGAUUUUCAUAACAUGCCAUGCCCGGUGGUUAUGUGGUUUUAUGUCAAGCCGUGGCCUCAGAUUGUGCUUUGGUGCUUGAAUGGUGCUGCCUGUUUUGCCAAAAAAAAAAAAAGAAAAAAAAAAAAAAAAAAGAACAGUUUAAUCAGAGAAAAGUUUCAGUCGAAGGGCAUUUCAGUCAAAGUUAAAUCGUUUGAGAUGUGGUCAGUGUACAGAGCAGACAGAGACCCCGGAGCCAAACACAUCAUCUGAUGUACAAAUGUGAUAAAAUGAACUCCACCGAAGGGAAGACCGCGUCUGCAGCCAAAGACGAUGCUGCUGUGAUGUAAAUGUUUUUAAUUUUUUUUUUUUUUUUUAUAAUGAACUGCUUUCAAGCCAUUCCUGAGGAAACAGCCUUACUCUUGAGGAGAAACAGGUACUCUUUUUUUUUUUUUUUUUUUUUUUUUUGUUCCUAUAUUUACGUCUACUGUAAGAUGAAUUUCACAGCUGUGGACUGAAGCCUCCCUCAUCGUGCUGUUCUCUGACAGGACAACCAUGACGAUGCAAACGUGUCCGAGUUGCACUUUGUGAAACCUUCAAAAAAAAA